AUGGCUGAAGUGUCACAGCAGCUGCAGUCCAGCUGGUUUAAUCCCACAGACGUCUUCUCCUGUGGGUUGAAAGGACAUGAGAAGUUCCCCUCUCCUUCAGUGUAUGCUCCAAAGCUUCCCUCUGUGUCAGUGAGUCCCUCUGCUGAGAUAGUGGAGGGCAGUUCAGUGACUCUGACCUGUAGCAGUGAUGCUAACCCAGCAGCUAAAUACACCUGGUACAAGGAGAAUGGAAAUCCAGACGUUCAACGUCCCAGUGAAGAACCACAGCUCGUCUUCAGCUCCAUCCAGUCCUCUGACUCUGGACAGUAUUACUGUACAGCUGAGAACAAGCUGGGGAGGAAGACGUCUAACAACUUCUCUGUUAAUGUGAAAUAUGCUCCAAAGCUUCCCUCUGUGUCAGUGAGUCCCUCUGCUGAGAUAGUGGAGGGCAGUUCAGUGACUCUGACCUGUAGCAGUGAUGCUAACCUAGCAGCUAACUACACCUGGUACAAGGAGAACCAAACACUGCCUCAUGGACAACAAGCCAUCUACCAUUUGACCUCCAUCAGAUCUGAGGACAGAGGGAACUACUACUGCAAGUCUGAGAAUCAACACGGACAGAUCAACUCUACAUCUCAAUUUAUAGAUGUCCAGUAUGGUCCAAAGCUUCCCUCUGUGUCAGUGAGUCCCUCUGCUGAGAUAGUGGAGGGCAGUUCAGUGAAUCUGACCUGUAGCAGUGAUGCUAACCCAGCAGCUAAAUACACCUGGUACAAGGAGAAUGAAGACUCACCAAAAGCAUCAGGACAGAUCUUCACCAUCACUGAUGUUAGACCUGAACACAGUGGGAAUUAUUACUGUGAAGCCCAGAACAGAAUAGGACAUCAGAACUCCACCUUACAUCUGAUUGUUGUAGCAGGUUCAAUGAAAUCAGUAGCUGCUGGAUCCAUCACUGCUAUUUUCCUGGCUAUCAUAUUCCUCUGUGCCUUCCUAUUUAUUAGAAGAAAGAGGUCCUGGAAACGAACCAGCGAGCCUGGAGAGAGACCAGACAACCAAGCUCAGGAAAACAUGGGUUCAGUGUAUGACAGCCCUUCAGCUCCAGUCCAGAGGACUCCAGCAGAGCCACACAAAGACUUUUGCUAUGCCAGCGUGAUCUUCUCUAAAAACCAGGAAGAUUCUCUCUACUCCAACAUCAGGCUAGCUCAGCCUCACAGACACAAGGAGGAAGAGGAGGACGAAGAUGUGGAGUACACUACUGUCAACUUUAAGAGUUCCAGUGCUACCACAGAAUCAGGAAAUCAAAAGGCUGCGGAGGAAUUAUAUGAACUGUACAGCACAGUCAGCAAACACCCAAGAGUUUGAACACAACACAGAUCUUUGGUCUUUUAGCAGUGUUCAAGCAAGUAAACACACAUUUAUGAAUAUUAAGAUUGAGUAUUUAGAAUUGUUAUGACAUGCAGCGUUGAGCC